UUUGGCUUCCUCUAUCAUCAUGUCUCAAAAUGGGAGUGAAAAUUAUGAAGAUUAUGAGCCGUUGGUAGUAAUGGCACAAGAAAUAUCCUCCUUGAAAGAGGAGUGCGCAACAGUUAAAGAAGGAAUUUCUGAGGAUAAUAAGCAUUCAUCGCAACUAUCUACCUUAUUAGAUGACAAAGAUGAUGAAAUCGAGGAAAAAGUUAAUAGGAAAUGUAAAAACAUAAUAAAAUGUGUGCAUGAGGUGCCUUGGCUUAGAGGAAAAUAUUCACCAGAAUUGUUAAAAAGUGCAGCAGAAUAUUUUAAAAUUAAUCUUCCAUGCCAACCAAAUUCUUGUCGAAUCGUUACAUUUUGAGCCAUAAAUGUGAAACAUAGACUUAAUGCUCUAGUAAAAGUUUUAGAUUCUAAAUGCUUCAUGUAUAUCCCUAAAACAAAAGAAUUUUAUAUUCUUGAAGCAGAUACUUCUGAUGAGGAAGAUAAUACCUCAGCUCUCCAGGAUAAAACAUCACCUCCUUCCGCUGACUCAACCACCUCUAAUGCCCAAAACGACCUCACAAUGACCCCAGACACCCCAACAGCACCCUCAAUCAGCCCAUCCCGCACACCCCCUACAACCCCCCAAACACCUCUAAACCGCACCCCCACAGCCCAAAACCUCCACUCCAAAGGCUCACUUAAACCCCCCUUCCCAGUCAGAUCUCUUCCUGAAGCCACCCAAAACCCCACUCUUUGUGCUAUAUGUAAAAUCUCAUUCACUCAAUUGCGUCUUCCCCUAUGCGAUGUAAUGAUAUCUGCCACGUAUUUAAACAAAGUCCCAACUGCUUUGUCAGGUCGCCCAGUAGACAUAUUCGGAGUCCCGGAAGAAGAUAACAUAGCAGUUUGCAGGAGCUGCUUUCUUGACUUCAAGCAAGAAAUAGCAGAUCUGUCAAAGGCAAAUCCUAUGUACAACACAAUUAAAUACAUAAUCCCUGAAGACUCUUUGACUAUUCACACAAGACGUUGCGAGUAUAAGCUUGAGAAACCCAAAAGACGUAGGUCUAAGAACCUGGUGAAGCCUAAGAAAGGAACUGAGGAAGAAGAAGAACCAAACUUCUGCGGGAAGGAGAUUGUCAAGAUUUAUGACAACCCUAAACCUUAAAAACUAUGAACACUUUCCAUAUUG